GCGACUCGGCCCGGAGAUGAAGUAAUCACCGCGGCAAAACGGUAGACAAGCGCAGACACGCUGCCGGUCUGCAGCCCGCAGAAGAGAGUGAGAUAAGACCACAAAACCAAGAGAGAUAGGAGUGUAACAAAAAGAAAGUGAAAAGAGUUGUAGAGAGAAGUGUUUGAAGAAAAAAUAAAAAUAAAGGAGGGAGAGAAAGAAAUGAUUUAUGCAAUCGCCAGCAAUACGCAAAGUGUUUACUGCAAAAGAGUGUGGCCAAAAAAUUGGCGCAUAAAUAGUGUUACAUAAUCGAUUGGUCCGCAUAAUGGGAAGCACGUGGAUGGCACGGAACAAAUACGGAAGAAUGUACCGCCAGUGAUGCCAGAAGCGACACCUAGCAAGCUCUUCUCCGGCUCCAGCAUCAUUGCAAUAGAGUAAAUCGAGAAAAAACAUUAACACCAACAGCGUCAGGCGUCAACGGACGGCAAAAGUUUUGUACGUCGAACAAGAGAGCAGAAAAAGCUCAUCACUUAACGAAGUUGAUAGAGUCUAUAGGAUUGAGCAUCACGAGAGCUGCAUCAGGAUCGUCUAAGGGAAAUAAUAUUUGACUCGGUUGCAGGUUCUCACCAUCAUAGAGCCCAACCUUCCCUCGCCAUGAAGGGUUGGUUCGAUGCAUUUCGAGACGACGGGGCACCCACCCUUUACUCGUUCUCGAACCGAACACCGGUCACCGGCGAUGUCUCGAUUGUGGCCGUCUGUGUUAUGUUCGCCACUAUCUAUCUGGCUUUUCUGGUCAUCUUUCCCGGUGUACGAAAGCAGAAAUUCACUACCUUUACAACAGUAACGCUUAGCUUAUUUGUAGGACUAGUCAUUUUAAUAUCUCGCCUUGGUUCAGCUUGGCAUGUGGCCCAAUCGACCAUCGUCGCACCAUACAAAGCGUUCUCCCGCGAAAAGCUCCCAGCCAAAUUAGGUGCUCACAUCGGUCUGAUGCACAUCAAUAUUACCCUGGCGGCACUUCCCGUUGGAAACUGGACUCCACCGGAUAUCGAUUUCAACGAACGAUUUAGCUGGGAUCAAGCUAAUGAUAUGGGCAAUUCGUACAAGAAUGCCCUGCAGCGGGGAUUACCGUACCCAAUUCUGACCGUGGCGGAAUAUUUCAGCCUGGGCCAGGAGGGGUUCGCCUGGGGAGGCCAAUACCGAGCCGCUGGAUACUACGCUAGCAUCCUACUAUGGGCAUCAUUCGCCUCGUGGUUGCUAAUGAAUUUGCUGCUGGUGGCAGUCCCCCGAUAUGGAGCGUACACAAUGACACUGACCGGAGCUCUUUUGAUCGGGGCCAGCAUCGGCUAUAGUUUGAUGCUACCGAAACGACCGCUAACCAUAUUCAUAGAGGGAAGCCGCGUCACCUUCCGGCUGGGCUGGUGCUUCUGGCUUGUACUUAUCGCAGGAAUCCUCUGUCUAGCUAUAGGACUAAUUAUUUCAAUCAUUGAUUUGGUGUGGCCACAUCGAUUCUCAACAAUAUUAGAGGUCUACUACGAUACCCCUUAUGACAGACACGUGAUAUUAGAAGAAUCCCACGAUGUCAGAUAUCGGAAACGUAACAGUAAAAGUCUGGAGGACCCACCCGGUCUAGGAUCACGUAUCUUACGUCGUCUAUCAUCAAAAACAAGGGACCAAUCAGCGGACAAGGUGGGUAUCGAAAAUCGGGGAUUCCAGCAUGACGUUCCCAAGUCCCCCUGGCGCUACCCAUUCAGACGCGCCCAACAAACGCCACCCCAUGGAAUCCAGCGCACCGUAUCGCAGGACUCGAACUCUAGUAUAGCAUCCGCUGCGGCCGUUUCCCAGUCUUUACACAAAGUUGCACUCUCUCGAAUGCUUCCGAAACCACCUCUUGAGCGUACUCGCGAGAUAGCCAACUGGUAAUCUGAUACACAACAGUCACCAGCCACCAAUCAGCCGGUUAUAAACCGGAAGCCAAUCCUCAAACAAAAAAAAACACACGUGUGCAACUUUACGUGAUGAAUCUCUUGUGAUAUUAAAUCGUAAAACGCCGAAAUGAUAAGCGCGAACAAUCUACAUGUCCAAGUGACUUUACCUUCUAAUUAGGCCAAAUAAUUUUUAACUAGCAUAUAAUCGUCCGGAAAUGGCUUCAUGUAUGGAGCAGAUAUGACCUAGAGGAGACUAGUGUUAGAGAGUAAUGGUAUACUGUAAAACAAAUAAAAAAAAUUCGCCCCUAGCGUUAAGACUAAUGAGCAUGAGACGAGACAUGGAAUCAAUGAAUAUCUGAGAGCUCUCAGCAACGGAGACUACGAUGGAAGCAUUGCUUUUUUUAAGUUAUUUAUUAAUUUGUAUUUGUUGUUUUAAAAUAGGGACCCUCGUAGUGAAAGUUUCUGAGAAAAAAAGUGACAUAAACGUUUUGUUUGUAAGAUCAUUACUUGAGGAUUCGAAAAUGGAUAUAAUCACACAUAGGUUCUAAAGUAAAACAAAUGGAAUAAAAAUUCAGAUUUGAUUGCA